AUGGCGGUGGCAGAUGCGGUCAUCUCCUUCGCUGUGGAGAAAACUGGUGAUCUGAUCCUGCAACAAGCAAAGUACCUGAGCUCGGUGAGCGGUAAAGUCAAAGAACUGCAAGCUGAACUAACACGCAUGCGUUGCUUCCUAAGAGACGCCGAGUCGAAACAGGGAGAUUCAAGAAGCAUACGCAAUUGGGUUGCAGAAAUCAGAGACAUCGCCUACGAUGCAGAAGACGUCCUCGAGAUAUAUGCGCUGAAAGAUGCAUCCCGGAACGUGUUUUCUACAUGCGGAAUCCGACGGAGAGAUCCGAUCUCGGUGUACAAGGUUGGAGCAGCUAUUGAUGAUAUUGAAGCCAAGCUUACUAAGUUAACAUCGAGGCUACCAGCUUAUGGAUUAAAGGAGUUAAAUGACGGAGAACGAGCCCGAAGCUCUUCAGAGAAAAGUGUCAUCCGUCGAUCUUAUUCUUACAAGAUUGAACAAAAUGUAGUCGGGUUGGAAGAAGAUGCAAAAUUACUGUUGACACAACUCGAACGUACUGAUUGUAAAGUUGUGUCGAUAUGUGGCAUGGCCGGUCUGGGAAAGACCACCCUUGCUAAGAAGGUUUACCAUCAAUGUAAAGUAGGACACUACUUUGGUUUCUUCAUUUGGAUAUUCGUGUCUCAGCAAUGGGGAAAAAGGAACAUUUGGGAAAAAUGUUUAAACGAGCUUCUGUCUCCUGAAUGGUCUUCAAGAGAUGAGGAGUUUGCAAAACAAUGGAAAAGGAUUCAAAGAAUGGAUGAUGAUGGUGUUGCCAAAAUGCUUCACGGUGAACUACGAAAGAAGAAAUGCCUAGUGGUGCUGGAUGACAUAUGGGACAACGCCUGGAAUGCUUUAAGUCCAGGGUUCCCAACAGAGGAGACAAGCAGCAAAUUUAUAAUUACCACUCGCAAUAGGAGCUUGGCUCAAGGGUUCAUCCAUGAACCGAGGUGUCUGAAUGAUUAUGAGAGUUGGGAGCUAUUUACAAAGACUGCAAUACCCACACGAAUUAGAAAUUCCAAACCAGCAGCUCACAAAAUUGAUGAGCGCAUGGAAAUUAUGGGGAAGGAAAUGGUGACACAUUGUGGGGGACUGCCCUUGGCCAUCGUUGUUCUUGGAGGGAUUCUCAAACAUAAAGAAACUAUUGUUGAAUGGGAGACGAUACGUCAAUGUAUCAAGCAUUAUUUAAAGGGAGAAAUGAUAUUUCAGCUAUUAGCUUUGAGCUAUGAUGAUUUACCCUAUGAGCUGAAACCCUGCUUCCUUUAUUUAGGCAUGUUUCCAGAGGAUUUUCAGAUAUCCGGAGAUAGACUAAUCAAUUUAUGGGUGGCCGAAGGAAUGAUACAUCCACCAAGAGUGGAGAGACAAGGAGAGGAAGCAUUGGAGGAUAUUGGAUAUCGUUACCUGACAGAGUUGGCAGAGAGGUACAUGAUUGUUGUUGCGGAAAGAGAUUCCAUUGGAAGAAUCAAAAAGUGA